AUGCGCACAUGGGAAGAAUCAGAUCCUAAGCGCUGGGGAUACAUCAAGACCCUCAGCUCGCUCACGCACAUCAGAAUCGACCUUACCGACGUCUUGCGGAUCAUCUGUAAUGACGGCGGGGCUCUUGCCACUGUUGCAGCAUACAUUGAGAGUUUGGAGCCAUGGGUAUGGCACGUAGACGACCGUGAAGACUUCAAACACCAUACUAUCACCGUCGGUGCCACAUCUAGACUCGGUGCCGGCCCCCCGCCUGUGCUCCUUCGAGUUGUGAUGGCUAUCGUCUGGUUGAUCCGCAGCUCACCCGCCCAAUUCCGUGGAUCUGGCACUUUCGAUACCCCUUACUUCUGGUAUGCUCCUGAGGACGUCAGCCGAGCUUACUGGUACCUAAACAACCUGCGUCGCAACCCCCGCGAACGACAGAGGGAAGGCACAAAGUCUGCCCAGCUAGCAAGGCCAAUGAGAACGGGUGCGGAUGCAGGCCUAUCAUCUCUCCACAACUCGGUAUCCGAAGGUGAAUGGGCUGGAAGGUUCCUGAGGAAGGACAUCGUCUCUAAGCAGGAGACAACACCGGAAAAGCAGAGCGAGCACACGGUCAGGCGGGGUGAAAAGAUAAACAGGUGGGGCGAGAAGACAGGCCAAUGGCGCAACAAAGCCGAGAUACGAAGCGAAGACAUAGCAGCCCAGCUCCUCCGCAUCCGCACGUGGUCCUACAACACCUUUACCUUCUCCAACCCCACCAACGAAACCGAACUAGACAGACUAAUGGACCUCGCCCGUCUCCACACCAAGCCCACGACCAGGAACCUCGAUGUCUACAGGUCAGCAUGUAUAGACGUAGAGCUCUUUGUGUGGGCUAAAUCGCACCCACAUAUCCUCGAUGAUCGCUCCAGGGAUACGUUUGCCGACUUCAAGCUACUUUUGAGUUGGCUGCAUGCCCGGGAUCUUGCGGUUGGGGACCACGAGGGGGUUGCGGGACGCAUGGAGGAGGCGGUGAUGGCUGUGGUUGCUGCUGAUAGGGGGGUCUAUAAUAGCAGGAAGGCGGAGGUUAAGGAGAUGGUGUAUAUGGCAGACCUGGGUAUGGGUGAGGGAUUGGCAGUGUGUUGA